UCAGUGAGGAAAUCCAUUGUCAAGAAUAUCGAAAACUUAAUACAAGCUCUUUAGUGAUCACUACUACUGCUUCUCUUUUUUCGUUCUGUUUUGUUUGUUCAUCUUCUUUGAUCUUUCAAUCGUUUAUUUUUUUGUGAUAUAUAUCGGUGAAAUAGUUAUAAGAAUGGCAGAAGAGCACCACAACAAGAGCCAUGAGUUUGAGUCCACUGUUGUUGGCGAGGGUGCAGUGGAGACCAAGGAUCGUGGUAUGUUUGAUUUCUUGGGGAAGAAAGAAGAGGAGAAACCUCAAGAGGAGGUGAUCGUCACCGAGUUUGCGAAGGUUCAGGUAUCGGAACCAGAGCCAAAGGUUGAGGGACCAAACGAAGAGGAAGGGAAAAAGCCUGGUCUCUUAGAGAAGCUUCACCGAUCCGGUAGCAGCAGUUCAAGCUCUUCAAGCGAUGAAGAGGAAGGUGAAGGAGAAGAGAAGAAGAAGAAGAAAAAGAAGGAAAAGAAGGGAUUGAAGGAGAAGAUGGCAGAAGAAAAGGAAGAGGAAAAGUACGAGGACACAGUAGUCCCUGUUGAAGUAGUGGACCAAGAGCCACCCCAUCCAGAAGAAAAGAAGGGUUUCCUUAAUAAAAUCAAAGACAAACUACCAGGACAGCACAAGAAAACUGACGAGGUUCCCCCUCCUCCGCCGCCAGUCGAGUCUACCACCCCAGAGGCACCAUCUCAUGAGGCAGAGGCAAAGGAAAAGAAAGGCCUUUUGGAGAAAAUCAAGGAGAAGAUUCCUGGGUACCACCCCAAGACUGAAGAGGAGAAGGAGAAAGAAAAAGAAAGUGCUUCCCAUUAAGAAUACAAUAUCGUGCUUGAAAGUUUGUGUUUCUUGUUUAUUUUGUUAUGAUUCUGGAUCUGUUUGUUUAAUUUGUUGCUGUAUAUUUAAGUUUGCUUACAGUAUUAUUUCGAUGUUCUGAUA